GAAUGCUUUAAUUCUCCGUAUGGCACAAAAUACUUUCCUGAAUACGCGGAGAAAAUUCCUGGUGAAUCCACACAGAAGCUUUCUGAAGUAGCGAAAGAGUGCAGCGUAUAUCUCAUUGGAGGCUCCAUCCCCGAGGAGGAUGCGGGAAAGCUGUAUAACACCUGUCCUGUGUUUGGGCCCGAUGGAACUUUACUGGUAAAACACAGAAAAAUCCAUCUGUUUGACAUUGACGUUCCUGGGAAAAUUACAUUUCAAGAAUCUGAAACGUUGAGUCCUGGUGACAGUUUCUCCGCCUUUGACACCCCUUACUGCAGAGUGGGCCUGGGCAUCUGCUACGACCUGCGCUUCGCCGAGCUUGCACAGGUCUACGCGCAGAGAGGGUGCCAGCUCUUGGUGUACCCUGGAGCGUUCAAUCUGACCACCGGGCCGGCGCACUGGGAGUUGCUGCAGCGAGGCCGUGCUGUGGAUAACCAGGUGUACGUGGCCACGGCCUCUCCUGCCCGCGAUGACAAAGCCGCGUAUGUGGCUUGGGGACACAGCAGCGUCGUGGACCCCUGGGGCGAAGUCAUAGCCAGAGCAGGCACGGAGGAAAUGGUCCUGUACUCAGACAUAGAUCUGAAGAAACUGGCUGAGAUCCGUCAGCAAAUCCCAAUUUUAAGACAGAAGCGAUCAGACCUCUAUGCCGUGGAGCCAAAAAAGCCCUAAGGAGUAUGCUUCGCACAUGUCACGAGGCAGGAAGAUGCGGAGCAUAGUGAACCCCCUAUUGACUGCUUUCUCUUGGCGGGAGGGUGUGUGAACCCAGGGCUCACACCCUGCUCAGCACAUGCUCUAGGAGUUGUACCCCGAGUCCCUAUUGAAUAUAUACUUUUUUCUUCAAAUAUUAACUUUUUAUUUUGAGACAGGCCUGACUGUGUAGUCCAGACUGGCCUUGAACUCACAGCAGGUCUUCCUGCCUCAGCCUCCUGACUGCUAAAUUGUAGCCUUUUCCUGCACAGAGAGCUCUCAGGGGCCUCAGAGCUGUCACUGUCCACAGCAUGUUAAGUGGGAAGGACGCAGGCACGCGUCAGCCGCAGAGGGCUGGCUCGCAGUGUCCGCCGCGCUUCAGUCUCCUCAGAGCAGUUGGCGGACGCAGGUGUUGGUGCCGCGGCCAUUGACUGACCAGUACAGAUGUUUGUGUAAUGAGUCUCCUAGCCCACUCGCUGGAGUUGGAACCCUUUGUCUGGGUAACUUGGUCUGGUGCUAGUCUUCCAAGAAGUGCCUUGAACUCAGUUACUUUGGUCUCGAGCUGCGGGAAGCAUGGUGAUAGAUCCUUUUCUUCCCCCCCCCGAGGAAGUGGCAGCCUCUCCCCUUCUAGCACCCUUAGGCUCUUCACACUCAAGAAGGAGCCAGUGCUUCAAACCCAGGCCUUCCUGGCCUUGAAAGACGGCGUUAGCAUUGAGCUCCCAGGGGACGGCAGCGGCAGCGCUGGUGACGUUAGCUCAGCGUGAAUUAGUGACACAUUUUCCUAGUAGGGUUGUGUCUAAACGUCUCACGUCUUCCUGCUUUUCUUUUUGCCUUUUAACACUUUCUCACCCUAUAAAGAACUGCUGAGCCUAAGGGUUCUGACUUUUUGGUCUUUUCAAAAUGUAUUGCACAAAUAAAAAUUAAGGACCUGAA